AUGACAAUACAUGGUUUAUUUGUCGGACAUUGUAACUUCAAGCCAACUAUCCGACUGAGUAACUAUGAAUGCCUUUUCUUUUUGUUGACACGUGGAGAUUAUUCAGAAUUCCGAGAUGAAUUGGUUGCGCAAAAUAUUUUCGAUUCUAAAAUUUUCUCUUUCUUUUCGAAUUUUCUUUCUUCUUUCUUUUUUGCUUUUGAAGGUUUUCAUUUUUUAUUUUUAUCUUCUUUUUUCUUUCUUUAUUUUGUCAAUCGUUUUCUUCUAUCCUUGUUGCUUGUUUCUAAUUCUUUUCAUUUGUUUCUUUCUUUUCAUAUUCUUUCUUUCUUCCUUUCGUUCUUCCUUUCUUUCUUUCUUUCUUUCUUUCUUUCUUUCUUUCUUUCUUUCUUUCCCAUGACUGAUCCACUUUCUUUUUCUUUCUCUCGAAUCUUUCUUUCUUUUUUUCUCUUGAAAAUCUCACUCUGUUAG